CCAUAAACCGCGACACUCAAAUACGACGCACGUGAAAGUGUACAAGUACAACCAAGCUCAGCCGUCGCCGCAAACACCCGCAGGCUACCACCGACAGCUCAUCAAAAUGCCAAUCCGCGGCCCAGUGCACGUCAAACUUCACAAGAAGGACGCUGCCGAGACCCUCCGCGUCGGGCCACUCACAAUUCGGGUCUACGAAGACGGCUCCCUGACUGAGAACCGGGUCAGCGGGGUGCUACUUCGAGGGAGCAUGACCUUCGUCACACCCGAGGGCGAGACGACGGCUUUGGCGGGUGAUUUGAUGACUGUUCCGCCCGGCGCAGUGCACACUUUCAAGAACGCGUCUGAGACGGAGGACUGCGAAGUAUAUAUGACGGCGACACCUGGUCAUUAUGUAGACUACUUCCGGAUGCUGGCCAAGGUCACAGACGCUGGGAAGCAACUGACAUCAGCUGAUGUCCAGCAUCUUAUGGCUUUGUUUGGGACGUUUCCGCCGAAUGUCGAAUCGGAACCGUGAUUGGAAGGGGAGGUUUGUCUAAGAAGUGCAGGAAGUAGCAAGCCGGAUCUCAACAGCAUGUUCUUAGGCGGUUUGUAGGGCAACUCAUUCUUGUGAGGGAUUGCAGGCAAAGUCUGAGUUGAGAUCAAUGUCAGCAGUACAAGGCGAGGAAACUCUCAUGUCUUCUCCAUUAGAAGUAAAGAAGUUGACAAACUCCAGCUAUCCAAGUUGGCAGUACCGG